UGUGUGAGGUAGGAAAGGUGUAGGAAUAAAUGUAGCGAGUUUAUGUUGAAUUGAGCACAUCACGUGAGAAUAGGCAACGAAUUAAAUGAUAGUUUAAAUGUGAAUUCAACUAUCUUUUAAGACGUAGCCUAAGGUCAACACCAUCUUUAAGAUAGGCAUUCAAUCAAGGAAAAUUUGGAUUUUAUAUUUACGCGACCUUCGUCAUACCAUCUGAACAGGCCUAUUAGAUAUGUUGUCUAUUCUUCGAAAGGCGCGGUUGAAGGAUAAGGAGAUGAGGAUCCUAAUGCUGGGUCUUGAUAAUGCAGGCAAGACUACGAUCGUGAAGAGGGUAAUGAAUGAGGAUGUCAAUACAGUCAGCCCGACGUUGGGUUUUAUUAUCAAGACGAUCGAAUAUGAGGGAUAUAAAUUGAACAUAUGGGAUGUUGGUGGCCAGAAAACGCUGAGAUCAUACUGGCGUAACUACUUCGAGAAGACGGACGCCCUCAUAUGGGUCGUUGAUGCGACAGACCGGCUAAGAAUUGACGACUGUCGAGAAGAGCUUCAUGGGCUACUACAAGAAGAGCGUCUCUCAGGAGCUAGCUUAUUAGUCUUCGCUAAUAAGACCGACGUCCAAGGUUGCAUGGACGAGACCGAAAUACUACAGGGGCUUCAGCUCGAAGAGAUCCGGACACAUCGGUGGCAUAUCCUACGAUGCAGCGCUAUGACGGGGGAGAAUCUGAAGGAGGGAUUAUCGUGGGUGGUUGAAGAUGCGAAGGCAAGAUUAUUCUUGUAUUGACGGACAUACCUAACAUUUAUUCGACGUUAGGUACUUUGUAGAAGUAAACACAUGAUAUCGUGUUAAUGCAUACAACACAGGAAUAAUACGAAACGCGAUGUGACAGACUAUAUGAAAGCCUCAUGUCAUAUGUCAUAUUUACCAAUCUGCCUAUUACAGUACGAAUUCGGAGAGUUGAAAGUUGACAUUUUUGGUCGGUCUACAUUGACAACAACACUUUGUAGUAUGCAUUGACGCUAACCCUUAAAUGGAUUAAUGUCCAUAAAGUUCCCGGGUCAGUUUCAUCAUUUGGUGCGCUGUCAGACACCGGGCAGCCAGUUGCC